AUGUCUCGCAACGAAGCGGUGUCGCCGCUGCGCAUAAACAAGACGCCGACUGCCUCGCCCGCAAAGGGCAGCGGCCGUCCGCUCUCAGAGAUUGGAGCUGGCGAGCGCAGGAGGAACUCUCCGAGCUUCGACCAGACAACAAAGGUACGCGCCCACCCCACUGUCCCGCUGCGCCGUGCCUUGCAUCGUGUGUCCGCAGCUGCUGACGAGGGCCAGCGCAUGUACCUCACCAAGGAGACAUCGCCUUUUGGCUCGUCACCGUUCCAAAACAGCCCGCGACUGUUCUGGAAAGAGCAGACCACAUCGCCCCGGGACCGCUUUGAGAACUCGGAGAACAGCUUCACCGAGGACUCUCAGCUGCCGCUGUCGCCCAAGCGCAACUCGAUUGAGAACCUCAAGAAGCAGGCCCGUGUCAAGAACAGCGGCAUCUUCGCACGCGAGCAGAUGCAUGCUUACGACCCCACAUCGGUUCAGCCGCUGGACCGACCACUUGCCGCUGGCCGACCGCUCAGCACGUCCGUCCAGGGCAAUGCCUUUGGUGGUGCUGGCCUCGACGGUCUGCGCCAGCACGACGGCUCUCCAGAGAAGGCCCCCCACCACCGCCGCGGCGAGAGCAUGAACAACAUCCCCACACUGAGCUCCAUCAAGACAUCGCCGGCAAAGCUGCCCACACAAUCCACGUUCGGCUCGCCCUUCUCCUCACCGACCAAGGAUCGCCCCUCCUCAUCCGCUGGUCGCGCUUCUCCGGCCAAGUCUUCUCUUGUCAACAACGGUCGCUUCAACUCGCCGCAGUACAACCCUGACUCGAGCGUCCUGUCCGACGACGACGAGAUGACGCACCAAACACCCCGCGUGCUGCGCCGCCAUGCUAAGAGUGUGACCUUCGACGCUGCCCCACCCACAAUCACAGAGUACGAGUUGGUCACACCCGACCCUUCAGCAGCAUCUGGCUCGCGAGAGGGAAGCUACGAGGAGACAGACGAGGAGGAAGAGAUGAGCUUCGACCAGGACGACAGCUUUGACGCAUCGCUGGAAGACACCGACAAGACACCAGUCGUUCUCCCCGAGGACUGGCGCCACGUGAGCCCGGACAACGCAAACACAUCGUUGACUGACCUCUACGAUGACGUUUUCGAUCCGCGCGAGACCAGCCCAAUGGCAGGCGCGCAGCCCAACGGUGCGAUGAGCGGCUCGCGACACGGCUCACAACACUCGGAGGGCUCGCCAAGGCCACUCCCACCUCUUCCUGGCAUGAGCUUGAACCGACCGGACUCGAGCAAUGGCGAGGCAUCUCGGUCGCUGCCCCAGCUUCCGCCUGUCUCUGGCUUCUCCAAGGCCGACCUGAUGAGCAGGCGCGAAAGCUCCAUGUCUCUAGAGGACAGGCUUCGUCUGAUGAACUUCGAUGGCGACCGCGACACAUCUACGCCUACUCAGGAGAGCCACAACAAGACCGAUGACGACGGAGUGGAAGUCCAUGUCGAUGAGGUGGAUGCCGAUGCGUCGGUACUGACUGCUGAUAACGAGCAAGAUGCUUCGAUUCCUCGCAUCUCGCGCGAGUCUAUCCUGCGUAGGGUGAAGAGCCAGAACUUCGAUGACCACGAGGACAGCUGCGCCUACGACGCUGAAUCGAGCCCUGAGCGCAGCUAUGGUAACCUGGCUGAUCUGGAUCCCGAUGUCCCGAUCCCGUCUCGCGAGUGUUCAUCCAACUUCGACGAGACUGUGCACCAGGCUCAGACUAGCCCUGAGCCGGAGGCGGACAGCGUCCUCGACGCCUACCAAGAUGUGGAUGGCUCGGCGAUCUCUCAGCUUGACGACCACGAAGCUGGGCCGUACGGCGGUGAGGACUUGGAGCGUGAAGGCUCCGACAGCUCGGUCAUCCGCCAUCCUGUAAGGGAUGAUGACACCGAAGAUGCGGACUCGAUUGGAGACGAUGUCAGUGUAAGCCAAUACUCAUCUCAACCAGAUGAGGAGCCCUACGAGACGCCCGUGCAACAGGCUGCAGAACCGUUCGUCGAGCCGUUCGUCGAGCAGGUCGUCGAGCAGCCCGAGGAGCACCCUGAGGAGCAGCCAACCUCACAGAGCACCAUUGACAGCUCUGGGCCACCGACGCCCACGGUUGUUGCUGAGUCACCAAACGCGGCAGAGAAGAAGGCUCGCCAGGACGAGCUCUUCGCCAACUUCGACCGGGAGCAGUCGAUGGACCUGAGUCUCGACCCUCUCAAGGCCUCUUUCGCAACUGCGCCAAGCCCUCUCGACACAGCUCCCAAGAUGGAGGCUAUGCGCGACUUCUUGCAGCGACCCGCUGCUCCCGAAGCCACUGAGGAAGGGGCUGAAGAAGAGUACAUCGAUUCAAACGAGCCUAGCAGCCCCGACUCCGUCAUCCGCCACCCAAUUGUCCUCUCACCUCCUGAGAUUGACUCCGACCAAGAAGUACCUCAGUGUGAGGCUACUAUCCGAGGCACUGGCGGUCACAAGCUGAGGACUCGUCCGUCCCUCAUCCCUGACGAGGUUGAUAUGGCAGCCACCCGCCGACAAGUCAGCGGAACUUACCCUCCACCAGUUCCUGAGAGGAGCCCCAAGCGCCAAUCUCUCAGCUUCGAGAUUGGCCAUGUGGACGAUGACUCUUCCCAGCUGAGCCUCGCCACCAGGGAAAGGCGCAUGCUUGACCUGGACUUGGGUGACGAUGAGAACGACCUCAGCUUUGGUCUCGAUAACGAGUUCGACAAGAUCAUUGAAUCCCAAAAGGUAGACCUCCUUUUUCCUUUACCCGAUUUCGCUCGUUUCCCAACAUCUGUGGCUGCGCGACCCAAUGCAGCCGCUCAUAUGUCAGGGGAAGGGUUCGUGUAUCCGUACCAUGUCGCUAAUCCGCCCGAACAGAAGGGUUACCUGAUGCGAGAGAACACCAAGGUUGUUGUUGCCAGCAGCCGUCAAUUCAGCGACGAAGCGCGUCCAACAGAAACGCCUGCCGCUGUUGAUCCCACUACUGGCGAGAAGCUUGCUAAGGCUCCAGCUCGCAAGGCAAGCGGUAGCAAGCAGGCAUGGACGACCGAGCCAUGGAACGGCAAAGCCCGCCGCAAGAGCCUUCGAACCGCAUCUGGAGCUCGCAAGGCCCGCACAUCCGGUGUCGCACCUCCUCUUCCAGGUCAAGACUCUGCUGUUGCUGCUGGCCUCGAUGCCGUUACCGAGCAAGGUAAUGACGAGUUCGAGGAUGGUGAGGAGCGUGGCCGUGUGUUCGUCAAGGUGAUUGGUGUCAAGGAUCUCGACCUGCCGUUACCGAAAACUGAACGCACGUGGUUCCAAUUGACGCUCGAUAACGGACUGCACUGUGUCACAACAUCAUGGUUAGAACUUGGUCACUCUGCCCCGAUCGGACAGGAGUUCGAACUCGUUGUCCUGGACGAUCUCGAAUUCCAACUCACCCUGCAGACCAAGCUUGAGCCGCCAGCACGUCAACCAGAGGUCUUCACGGCCGCACCUCCAAAGGCCAUCACCAAGAAGACAUCGGGCUCUACGUUCCGCAACCUUCUUUCGUCUCCCAAGAAGCGCAAGGAGCAGGAGCGUCGCGCACAGGAGGAGGCCGACCGUCUUGCUCUCCAGCAGCAGCAAGAAGCUCAGGCUGCAGCCAAGCGCAAUCAGAAGGCCACUGCGUGGGACCUUCUCCACGACCUCGUCGGCCAGGACGGUUCGUUCGCACGUGCCUACGUCUGCCUCAGCAACCAUGAGAGCCAGGCUUACGGACGUCCUCUGACUGUCGACAUUCCUUGCUUCAACGAAUGGGCCGUCGAUGACAGCGGUGUCAGCAGUGUCAAGAGCAAGCGUGGUGGCGUCGUUCGACGACCACCGUACCGCGUUGGCAAGCUUACUGUUCAGCUUCUCUACGUUCCUAAGCCAAAGAACGCAACCGACGAUGACAUGCCCAAGAGCAUGAAUGCCUGCCUUCGCGAGCUCAAGGAGGCUGAGGAGGUGAAGGGCAAGACCUGGGAGGGUCUUCUGAGUCAGCAAGGUGGUGACUGCCCGUACUGGCGUCGUCGUUUCUUCCGCCUCGAUGGCACAAAGCUCACAGCAUUCCACGAGACGACACGGCAGCCACGUGCUACCAUCAAUCUCGCAAAGGCAACGAAGUUGCUAGACGACAAGAGCGCGCUCAAGCAGCCAUCUGCUACCAAGUCUGGUGGUCGUCGCAAGUCUGCAUUCGCUGAAGACGAAGAGGGUUACAUGUUCGUUGAAGAGGGUUUCCGCAUCCGCUUCGCUAACGGUGAGGUCAUUGACUUCUAUGCCGACGGCCGCGAGCAGAAGGAAGGCUGGAUGAAGGUCCUGUCCGAGUGUGUCGGAAAGGACAUUGCUUCUGGCAAGGCCUGGACCCACAUGGUGCUCGAGAAGGAGCGCAAGGAAAAGGCACAGAAGCCCAGGUCGCAAGCUGGAGCACCCACUCCAGGAUCGAAGCCACCGCACGAAGGCGGAAACGCCAACCGUCGACCAUCGCACACCCGCACACAAUCACACGAGGUGUGCAGCAAAUCGACGCCCUCGAGUCCGGUCAAGCCAGCGCACGCACGAACACAAUCGUUUGCGCCAACACCACCACCAAAGGAGCGCGACCCUCGUAUGGCGCCUGCGCCCGCACCGCGACCAAGGCCGCAAACGCAGAUGCAGCCCAACACAGGCAGCAAUAGCCGCAGAGACCAGGUUCGAUCGAUGAUCUUCUAA